UGCCGCUGGGAACGUGUAGUAAGACCCUCGACUCGCUCUCUCUCUCUUUCUCACUCUCCCUCACUGCCUCCCUUCCUCCCCUUCAGUUCUGGUUUGAGGAGAUCUCUCUUGGAGCUGGAGAGGAGAGUUCGUUCGUCUCUCUCCUCCAGCAGCCGCCGGGCUUCUCUGCAGCCUCUCACCGCUUCACCAUGGAUCUGGGAACUAAAAGAGUUGCUGGGAUUAUCGCUCAGGUCGCCCUGCUUCUCUCCUGCGCAUACGGGACGACCGGAGAAGAGGUGUGUGACAGCGCACUGGUCUCCAAUCUGCCGCCAUCUUCCUUCCGAAGCUCUUCCCAGCUGUCCAGCAGCCACGCCCCGGGUUUCGCCAAACUCAACAAAAGAGAAGGAGCUGGAGGCUGGUCUCCUCUCAUCUCAGACAAGUAUCAGUGGUUGGAGGUCGACUUAGGCGAGCGCACCAAGAUCACAGCUGUUGCCACACAAGGCCGUUAUGGCAGCUCGGAUUGGCUGACGUCCUACCUGCUGAUGUUCAGUGACACGGGACACAACUGGAAGCAGUACAGACAGGAGGACAGCAUAGGGUCAUUUCCAGGUAACAGCAAUGCAGACAAUGUGGUUCAAUACAAGCUGCAGCAACCAGCGAUUGCACGUUUUCUCCGCCUCAUUCCUCUGGACUGGAAUCCCAGCGGACGGAUCGGACUGCGACUGGAAACCUACGGAUGUCCUUACACCUCUGAUGUGGUGAGCCUAAACGGUGGCAGCAGCAGCCUGGUGUACAGGCUGAGUCCCGGGCCGUGGCAGACAUCCAAAGAGGUUGUCUCUCUGAAGUUUAAAACCCUGAGGAAUUCUGGGAUACUGCUGCAUGCAGAGGGGCAGCAAGGCGUCAGCCUCAGCCUGGAGUUAGAGAGAGGAAAGCUACAACUGCUGCUCAGACAAGGUAAGACUUCCCCUGAACCACUGCAUCUCACCUCCCUUGGCAGCCUGUUGGAUGAUCAGCAUUGGCACCAUGUAGUACUGGAGCAAAAAAGUGCUCACCUCAACCUGACUGUGGACAAAAACACGGAGAGAGUGCAGCUCCCGGCAGAGUUCAGUCGCUGGGCCAUCGAACAGUUGAGUUUAGGAGCUGUCCAUAGCCUUCGAUCGCAGAAGCCAGACGCCUCCAGUAAGGACCUCCAUGGCUGCAUAGAAAACCUGCUGUACAAUGGCUUCAACUUGAUAGAGCUGGCUAAGAAUAGUGACCACCAAGUUACUGUCAGGGGCAAUGUGACCUUUUCUUGUGCUGAGCCAGUUUCCGUUGCUUUGACGUUCCCCGGGCCACAGAGCUUCCUCCAGUUGCCCGGGACUACAGCGUCCUCGCCGGGUGGUGUGUCUGUCGGAUUCCAGUUCAGGACGUGGAACAAGGGAGGGCUUCUGUUCACCUUUAGCCUUCCUCAACAAGAGGGCAUGGUCUGGUUAUAUCUGAGUGAUGCCAGACUCCGACUGAUGAUCCAUAAAAGUGGCUCAGUGGUGCUAGAGCUCAGCGCAGGUGCUGCUCUAAAUGAUGGUCAGUGGCAUGCAGUGGAUUUUACAGCCAGACGCGGUCGCUUGACAAUCUCUGUGGAUAAAGGAGAAGGGGGCAUUGCUCAUGCUGCUCCCUCAUUUCCCAUCACCGCAGAAACUCAACUGUUCUUUGGUGGUUGUCCUGCUGAAGAGCACAGUGAGGAAUGUAGAAACCUCUUCGAGACUUUCCAGGGCUGCAUGCGUCUACUCACGGUGGAGAACCAGCGAGUCGACCUGAUCAAGGUGCAGCAAAGACUGCUGGGAAAUUACAGCCAGCUGCAGAUCGACAUGUGCGGCAUCAUUGACAGGUGUUCUCCCAGUCGCUGUGAACACGGUGGCCGCUGCAGCCAAUCCUGGACCGUCUUUCACUGUAACUGCUCUGACACCGGCUACAGCGGAGCAACCUGCCACAGCUCUGUGUACGAACAGUCCUGCGAGGCAUACAAACACAACGGCAACACGUCAGGACAUUUUUAUAUUGACGUGGAUGGCAGCGGACCAAUCAAACCACAGCUGGUCUACUGCAACAUGACAGAGGAAAACACAUGGAUGGUGCUCCUGCACAACAACACUGAGCUGACCCGAGUGCGACCCUCUCCGGCUGUGUCCCAGCAUUCGGUUCACUUCGACUACUCAUCUCAAGAGGAGCAGCUGCUGGCUGCCAUCAGCCAGUCAGAGCACUGCGAACAGGAACUGUCCUACCACUGCAGGAAGUCCCGCCUCCUCAACACUUUGGAGGGCUCUCCAUUUAGCUGGUGGCUUGGCGGUCCAGGUCAAGGUCGAGUCCAGACUUACUGGGGAGGAGCUCAUCCAGGAAGCCAGCAGUGUGCCUGCGGCCUGCAGGGCGACUGUGUGGAUCUACAACACUACUGCAACUGUGAUGCAGAUCGCCUGGAGUGGACUGAAGACUCAGGCCUUCUGACCCAUAAGGACACCCUCCCGGUUAGGUCUUUGGUGCUGGGUGACAUCCAGAGGCCAGGGUCGGAGGCUGCCUACCGGGUGGGACCACUCCGUUGCCAUGGAGACAAGAACUUCUGGAAUGCCGCAUUUUUCGACAAGGAGACGUCGUACCUGCACUUCCCCACCUUCCAUGGAGAGCUGAGCGCCGACAUCUCCUUCCUUUUUAAAACCACGGGCUCCUCUGGUGUGUUCCUGGAAAACCUGGGCAUCAAAGACUUCAUUCGCAUCGAACUGAGCUCCUCCACUCAGGUGGUUUUCUCCUUUGAUGUUGGUAACGGCCCACUGGAGGUUCGUGUGGAGUCAAGCGUCCCGCUGAAUGACAACCGGUGGCAUCGGGUCCGAGCAGAACGGAACGUGAAGGAGGCAUCGCUUCGACUGGAUGAACUUGCUGUCGCCACGCAGGAGGCGCCAACUGACGGACACUUCCACCUGCAGCUCAACAGCCAGCUGUUCAUAGGAGGCACAGCAUCCAGGCAGAAAGGCUUCCGGGGCUGUAUCCGCUCUCUGCAGCUGAACGGCGUCACUCUGGACUUGGAGGAGAGGGCGAAGAUAACACCAGGGGUUCAACCCGGCUGCCCGGGUCACUGCAGCAGCUACGGCUCGCUCUGCCAGAACCAUGGCCGCUGUGUGGAGAGAGCCAGUGGCUUCCAGUGUGACUGCAGCCUGUCAGCGUAUGCGGGAGUUUUCUGCCAAACAGAGGUGUCAGCCAGCUUCAAGCCUGGAACAUCAGUCAGCUACACCUUCAAGGAGCCCUAUGAGCUGAGCAGGAACAGCAGCGCUCUGCCGUCCUCCAUCUACUCUGAGAUGACACUGAGAGCAGAGAACAUCUCUUUGAGCUUCAGGACGAACCAGAGUCCAGCUCUGCUGCUCUACGUCAGCUCCUACUACAGAGAAUACCUGGCUGUGCUCAUCAACAAGCAUGAUAAGCUGGAGGUGAGAUACAAGCUGGACAGCAGCAGAGAUGCUGAAGUGUUAAGGAGCAGCGUGAGGAACGUGGCCAAUGGACAGCUUCACACCGUUACCAUCAAGAGGCUGACAGACUCUGUGUCUGUGCAGAUUGAUGAAAAUGCCAGAGAAGACUUCAAUCUGACAUCUGAUGGGGAAUUCAACGCUGUGAAGUCGCUGGUGUUGGGCAGAGUGCACGAAUCUGAUGACCUGGAUCCAGACCUGGCCAAGUUGGCGUCCCUCGGUUUUACUGGUUGUCUGUCUGUGGUUCACUUUAACACCAUGAGUCCUCUGAAAGCAGCUCUUCUCCACUCAGACACCAGCCCUGUCAUCAUCACUGGACCUUUAGUCCAAUCUAACUGUGGCUCUGCAGCUUCAACCAAUCCCUAUGCAGCUGAGAACACACACCACCUGUCAGAUCAGUCUGGUUCAGCAGGUUCGGGUCAACCUUUGAUCAAUGCCAUUAGGACGGACUCGGCUCUUAUUGGAGGUGUCAUCGCUGUUGUGAUCUUUGUGGUUGUGACUGGGCUGGCGAUAACGGGCAGAUUACUCUACCAGAGAAAAGAGACAUAUCGAAACCAGCAAGUGAAGGACCGGCAGGAAAACAGCCAGGAUUUUGCUUUUAGCAACCAGGCUGAUUCCCAGAGCGUCCCCUGUGAAAACCCAAAGGAGUAUAUCAUUUAACAAGCAUCCUGAAUGCCUGAUGAGAUGGUGGUUUUUGGAGGGGUGCAGACCGGACUGUCCGUCAUCCCUCAGCACUUCAGACUGCACACUGAGCCACAACGCAGCGGCUCCACGCAAUAGAGAACGUAUAAAAGGAACAGUUUUGUCUUUUACUGUAUAUUAUGUAUAUAGUGAAUCAAACAGACUACAGUGCUGGACCUUAAAAGUGUUGACAAACUUGUUUCCACUACUAUAAAUAUUUAAAAAAAAAAAUGUAUAUGUGGGAAAUUAUGUCUACAGCAGUCUCUAGGUAUUGUCACUCUGUCAUAUUCAAAGGCUGCAGGUAUUUUGUGUUUUUAUUUUUUUAUGGGUUGAUUUAACUUUAUUUCUUUAUUCCUGAGAAUCAGGUUGUUUGCAGUUAUUUGGCUGAUGGUGCAUUUUUAUGAGGGUCAUGAAUGUUGUUUGCUUAACUGGAAGUGGAAAAGUCUGUCCCUUAAUCAGGCCCUCAGGAAGACUACUUCUGUAAGUGCUGGCAUUUGUUCAUUUGUAAUGCCUUUUUAUUAUGCGGGAAGUUUUGGGAGAAUAACAAUUUGGAGUUUCUGGAACCUUGAAGACGUCUUUAAAGGAAAACUGUGCGAGCUUGUACAAUUGUACUUUGUCAGAGGAAUUUAGCUAACAAACAUCUAUGGACUGCUUUUGUCAGCAUUUCAAUUAUACAUUUUAUUGAGUGAUUUCUUCCUGUGCUAGAACAGAUUAUUUUGGUCCUUUUUAAGUGACAUCUUAAAGUCAACAGUCUUGCUCACUUGUGAAUAAGCACAUAUUGCAUUUGUACUGUUGGUACGCUGCAGUUGUGGAAAUAAGGGAUUUUUAUACAGUAGGGACUCAUUUUCUCCUUUCUUUCCUUUUUCAGUCUCUUCUUUUCUCUUCUGAGCACACCACAACAUUAAACCUUUUCUUGUAGUUUUCUAGCUUUUUAUAUAUAUUUUUCUUUUAUUAAAGUUUUCUCCUCCCUGCUGCAUGUUGCCUGCUGGGAGCAUCAUCUCCAAAUGCUCUAAAUGUCUCUGAAUGGGGAAGUUUUUAUUGCUGGCGGUAACAGUGCGGCUGUCUGUCACCUCAUUCACUGCACACAGAGACGGUUAAUGUGUUUGUGAAAUGCUAAUCUGCUCUGAUCUGACAGGUGAAUUGUGAUUUGAUGGAAAGCAGAGACAGAGGAGAAUAAUAAGACUGAAAGAUAAUCUGAGAGACUGUGUCAAGCAAACAUGGUUAUAAUGAAAACACCACCAAGCAGAGAGGCCCAACAGCAGCUGUUUAUCAACACACGCACACACACCACCGUCUCUCUGAGAGACCCAAUGCACAGAUGGGAUUUUAAUGACAAAAGUUGCUAAAUCUUCAAAGUGCAUAAUUCAUCUCUUUGCGUUGUUGUCUGUCCCAUUCUUGAUUCCAGAGAGUUCAUUCUCUGGUGAAGAAGCACUGACUGUCCUCGCAGCAGAAGUUACUGCAGUGCAGCACUCUUUAGGUUCAACAGGUAACUUUGACAUCCAGACGAGCGUGCAGACUGAACUGUGCUGGAUGAUACGCUGCAUAUGUAUAAAGCAAAUAAGAUGUUUCUCAAGACCCAGAGAAGAACAUUUUCAAAAGUUUCCUCUGCAAACACAGCAUAACAUUGGCACCAGUCACUAAUGUGGGAUUUGUGAAGUGAUUUGUGGAAACCGUGUGCAAACUGUCACUGUGAGCGUCUCUGGUUUUGUCAAACCAUUUUAACACGACGAACAAGAUUACAACCAUGUUACAUUUGAGGCUGAUCAUUUUCUACACUAUUAUGUAGAAUUUUGUUAAUUUGUCAUUUAAAGGAUGAAGACCUGGUCACACGAGAAUUAAAGGAAGCCUGUGUUUUUAGGAAAUUGCAUUAUUGUAUUAUAUCAUAUUUAGUACUGUCAGCGAGCUAACCAUGCUAACGCGUUGAUGCUGUGCAGCCACACGCACGGGGCGAUCCGCAGUAACUCGUUAACGGAGAUUUGCCGCAUUAAUGCAGUUAUGGCGUUAAUGUCAUUUUAUCGAGAUUAACGCUUACAGCACUAAGUAUAUUAUAUUAUAUUGGGCUAUACAACCACUUCAGAGUGGUACCGUUGGUGUGGGAGGCUUACAUCCCACUUCCUGUUGUAUAUUUUCUGUUGUCAUCAAGUGGACGUAUUAAAGAGAACUGGAUGCUGUAUUAAAACAUUGUGGCUCUUUCAUUCACGUUCUAAAUAAAGCACGGGCUAGUUAUCCUGUAUGCUCUGCAUGCUCGCCAAAUUUAAGCCCGUGAAUAUAGGAAUAUAAUCUGUGACACUCCAGAGAGCAUGCAUACCCGAGACUCCCACAUGCCACUCCUACUGACUUCCACUUGGCUCCCUCAAACCGACUAAUGGACUUUAAUGAAAUAAUCAUACCGCUACUUUCAAAGCAUUACUGGACUUUUGGUCUAAUACUUUGAUCUGUUACUGAGCUGAAUGUAUCAAACUCUCACGAUUAAAACAAAAAAAUUACGUUUUUGACUUUAAAAAAUUGUCUAAAAAGUGUAAAAAGAACGAGUUAAAAAUCAGAAAUGUGCAGCAAAGCCUGUAAUGUGAGCACAGCCACAAGAACUAUACAUUCUUAAUGCUCCACUAGCUGAUGAGCUACAGCUUCUUGACUGUCUUUUAGUUUAAUUGUGUAAUGGGCUGUUUACACUGCCUGACAUUUCGUCAUUAACUGAGUAAAGAACUUUCCAAAAUAAAAUCAGGAAGUCCUUAUUGUCAUCAGGUUUGUCCACUCACUAACUUAAACGUUUUAAAUACAUAUUUAAAUUCAUGUAUUUUAAAUUUCAGGUUCCCAAUUUUAUUUAUCUCUGGCUCUACGUUCCCUCAAAUGUUGAGAAAAUGUGCAAAUUGGCUAAUAACCUAACUUAAUGUGAUUAAAAUAAAGCAAAAAAAAAUUGCUUAAAUUCACUUUGCAUUGGUGCCAUGUUAGAUCAUUAACCUAGCAGGUUGUGGGGGGUUAUUAUUAUUAAUUUGAUGAAACUCACAUCAUGUGACCAGGUCUGAAGUUAUGCAGUUUUCUUAUUGUCAUCAAACUCUGUGAAGUUAAAAAACAACAACAACAACAGGUAACUGAUAUUAAUUGUGAUAUAUAUUUCUCUGUGACAAGUAAUCAUAACCAGUGAGACUUUACUUUGAUUGACGAGUCAUUUUGAACACAGUACACAGGUGCACCUAUAGACAGGAUAAAACAUGGACAUAGCUUCCAGGUCUGAAAAGCAUUACUGAAGUGCCUUAAACCUACAGUUUUUUAAUUGUCCAGCAGGGGGCAACGCCUCUUUCAAUAAAACUUACAGUUGUGUAGAAGUCUAUGGGAAAACACUCCCUGGCUCCCUUGCUCUGUGUGACUUCAGUAAAUAUUCCCCUGAUGGAUUUAUGGUCAUUCGCCAUAACGAAUAACAACAUUAAGCCCAUUUUGUAAAUUACUGCCAUCCAGAGAGUUGUGAGGGACUUAUCAAAGAUAUGCUCAUUGCACACUAUUUCACUGUUGGAGCUGCCCCUCCCUCAUUGCAUCUGGUUUCAAACGGCUUGAAAUGCUCUACUCAAGGCUUCAUAACAGGACUUUAUUGACCAACAGGCCAAAUCAGAGUGGCUACGUCCAUCCUUUAUACUGUCUGUGUAUAAACUGUCCUGCUAUGGGAAAUGCUUGCUAAAGUAUUUGUGUGUGAAUCUACUGCUGAGCUGAGUUGCUAACAUAGAAGUACGUAGCGAAGUCCCGGUAAGGUUUGCCAAAAACUACCGUGGUCUCAAAUUAGUUUUUGGGAGUUUUUUUUCAACAGUACUGAGGCUAGAAAAAAAGUUUGGGGAAGUGAAAUUUGACCUUUUCAUGAGAUGUAUUGACUUUAAGUUAAAUAUAGAGUAAUUAAAGUCUUAUUCUUCAGUAUUUUUUUUUUGACUGACAGUGGUGUAGUUUCUCUCUGACAAUGCACUUGUUUAACGAUGAAAUGUUGUCAGUGUAUCUGUAGUGUUAGUGAAUACAGUGAUGUGAGUGUGAGUGACAUGCAAUAGAAAUAUACAGCUUUCAUCCAUAACUCUGGUUGUUUGGUUAUCAACAAAAAACGCCUGUUUGAUGAAAAUAAAUAACAAUGCUUUUUUAAAAAUAAAAA